CGUUAAGCAAGGAGGGAGGUGGAGCUGGUGUAGGAGCAUAGGGAGUAAGGAAAAGGGGGGAUUAUGGGAAGAGUGAAAGAAGGAGGUGAUUGCUGGGCAGAAGGAAAACAUAUAAAGAGGGAGAGAGCAAGACGGACAGAGAAGGUGGAAGCAAGACGAGGAGAAAGAAGCUCAGUCAUUGUCCGAUAAAGGUUUCAAACUUCUCUAAGAAACAGCAUGAUGGCUGCCAUGAGGGAUCUUCUUUCCCCCCUCGGAAUCAUAUGCCUGGUUUUCAUCAGGGGUUACUGCCCCCUGCCUAUGGCCUUACAAGGAAUGCAUCCCAUGAGAACUCGUGGACCAAGUUCACAUUCAUCCGAGGAUCAGUUUGUUUCCACUGAAGAUUACAGUCAAUACGAAGAUAUAGUCACCACUACUUCAUCCAAGAGGUUGACUCCAGGUGGAGGGACCCUUCAGCAGUGUGACUACGAUCCCUGUCUUGAAGGCCAGACCUCCUGUUUUCAGCUUGCAAUCUCCACCCACUGCUUGUGUCGAGGGCUCCCUUUGAAUGAGGUUCCAAAAGCACCCAGCCUAAGUUCAGUAUCUUGGAAUGGGUCCAAAGUUGUCCUUAAGUGGUGCGCACCUUAUUCACAUGUCACGGCCUAUAUUGUGACUGUUGGGGGGGAAGAGAGGAUGACAUUUGGGGAGGGCGAAAGAAGCGGAGCAGUGGGUGACAUUGACGACAUAGCAGAAGUUUGUGUGAAGGCCGUAAACAAUGCUGGAGCCAGUGAUGGAUCCUGUAUGAUUUACCAUCCCAAGGAUAACAACCUGGCUCUGACAGCAGGGCUCAUCGGAGGAGCCCUGGGCUUCUUGUUGCUCGUCUUGCUGGUCAUCCUGUUGUGGAGGCAAAGGAAACAGGAGGCCACCAUCUCUAUGAGCAACACAGCUGAGACACAGUGAACAGGAAACACCACGAGACUCAUUGAGAAAAAUCUGCCCUAUGAAACUCUUCAGCGUUAUUGCAGUUAAUUAACUGUGAAAACAUGAUAACAUCUCUGAGGUUUCCCGCACCAAGAAGCUUUCUUAAAACAAGAGGAAGCAGGGUUUAUCCUUUCGCAUGAAUACAUCGAACUGGCUGCGUUCAUCGCCUAAUGCCUUGUCCAUCCUGAAAACCCCUCGGUGCAUUCAAGGGGGUUCCACAUCCAUUAGAGAUGCAUUAAAAAUAUUCACAGCAUUCAUUAGUUGCAUUUUUUUUUUUUUUUUUAGAAAUAAAACCCUGAA